CGCCCCCCGUGCUGCUCUCCCUGCCGCCGCCUGCUCCGCACUCCCAUGGCGCUGAAGCGGAUACAGAAAGAACUGAGUGAUCUGCAACGAGACCCACCGGCCCACUGCUCUGCUGGCCCUGUUGGAGAUGAUUUGUUCCAUUGGCAAGCCACAAUUAUGGGACCUCCUGACAGUGCAUAUCAAGGGGGAGUUUUUUUCCUCACAGUACACUUUCCCACAGACUACCCUUUCAAACCACCAAAAAUUGCUUUUACAACAAAAAUAUACCACCCAAACAUAAACAGCAAUGGAAGUAUUUGCCUUGAUAUCCUGAGAUCGCAAUGGUCACCAGCUCUGACGGUAUCUAAAGUUUUAUUGUCCAUAUGCUCCUUACUUUGUGAUCCUAAUCCAGAUGACCCUCUAGUACCGGAUAUUGCACAGAUCUACAAGUCAGACAAGGAAAAAUACAACAGACAUGCAAGAGAAUGGACUCAGAAAUAUGCAAUGUAAACUUGUGAAGACUUUUUCAUAUACCACAGAGUACUGUAAAUUCUAGGAUUUUUUCAAAGUUAGAAGGAAAUGGAGCACAGUUGACUGUUUUGAUGUGUCAUGAUGCCCCUCGAAAUUUUUUUUUUCCACCCAUGUGUGUUUCUGGAGCAAAGGAGAAAAAACUUCCAAAAAUAAACCUUAUGACUGUGAUAAGAAUAUUUAUCCUCUUUGUAUGCUUUGCAGAAGACACUUAUUAUGUUUUUUUAAGAGUUGGACAUCUGCAUCUUCAGCCUAAGAGAUCCAUAAUGCAGUUGUAAAGCAACCAAAUUAUUUUUGCUGGAAAAAGUUGCUGGUGUUGUGAUGAAUACUGUAUGUGUGUCCUUAAAGUACAUUGUGUGUUUGAAUUUAAUUUUGUUAGUUCACUUACAUAAUUUGUUUGGGGUUGUUUUUUAUUUUAUUUUACUGUACAGACUAUUUUAUUUACCAUGUAAGUCAUUUCAGUUUAGACUGACUUGCUUGUGCACAGUAUUGGCAAGAUACAACUGCUAGUAUUGAAAGUAAUUGGAGUAUCCCACCCAUUGGGAUAGUCUGAAGACUGACUGCAGACUCCUUAAAACCUGAAAUACUCUUUGCACUGUAAUUCUUUAUACGCUGACUAUGGAAAAACACUUGGUUUUGAUUCUGUUGCAUACUUGACUUGAUUUUAUUGCAAUGUGAACUAAUUGCACUGCUAUGUAGAAGGUCGUGUAACCCUUGGUUACUGUUCACAACUGAUUUUUGACACAUGGGCGACAUAACACUAUCCCAGGCCUUUUACAAGUCUAAAUGUAGCCUUUUCCAUAUAAAUAAAAUGCGUUUUCUACUACUUGUCUUGGCUAUCUUAUUUUGAAUCAUGCAUAUCCCUAAAGUGCUUGUUCUAACAUUAGAGAAUCAGAAUAUUCAGUGUGCAUGUGUCUUGUAGAGAAAAAGGAAGGUAAAGCCGUGCAUCACGUAUUAUUUAGUGUUGCAAUUAAUUUUUAUGCUAGCUUUAGCCUGAUUUAUUUAGCAUGUGGUGCCCAUUGUUUUAUAAAGGAUUUUAACUAGCUACUUCUAUAUUCAUUUAGAGUAAAAAUACCACAAGUGUUUGAGCAUCAAACUCUUCAGUUAAGGUGGUGUGUUUGCAGUAUUGGAAUGUUAACAGUCAGCUUCUCACACUUAAAACUGUCUUUGUCCAUUCACUGGCGCUUCAGUUGCUCCACACUAUGCAUGUGGGAGGCCAGUACUGCUGGCAAGGGGCAAUCAUUUCUGAUAAAGCAGAUGAAAAGCAGAAAAAACUUUCAUUUCCUAUGGUUUGUUCUUUUUGGGUAUCUGAAAAUUAAAA